AUGGCCAUCACUCGAGCGCAGUCGACCCAGAAAGGGCACGCAUCGUUAGUGGCAAAAGAUCAAGGGAAGAGACCCAAGGGCAUUCAGAAGCAAAGACGGACCUCGCGACUUCCAAAAAAUCUUGAACGCGAUCAUCCGCAAGUAUUCGCUGUUGGAGCAAUUGCAUCUCCGAAAGGCUCCGCGGCUGGCAGACGUGGUACGAAGCGACCCUCCGAUGCGAUCGGUCACGAUUCCGACUCCCCCCGGAAGCGGCCUCAGAAGCGGCCUCAGCGAUCUUCCGGACUUACUCUUGUUGAAGAUUCAGUCGAUAGCCCCGCGAACAAUUAUAGCAGCGCCUGCAAGCCGAUCAACCCAAUAUAUUUUUGGGCACAAGAAGGAAGCUGGCCGAAGGAAUAUUUUGAAUCGAAGAUGGAGCAUUUACUUGCACGGAAGAGGUCUCUGUCGUCUUUAAACCGUAAGAGAUCAAAUUCUGCCACUUCCACGACACCCAGUGAUCAGAAGCCACGGGAAGAGAAGAGUGCUCCUUACCGAGAUCCGCGCUAUACAACCCUUCUUGAAACUAAAGCGAGUUUUAUGGCCAAGUCCAACCUUGAUAUUACCAGAAGUAGCAAAACUCUUUGCGCAACUCUACUUGAGGGAGAAAAUUCGGUUCCAGAAGUUUCGCUAUUUGACGAUGACAUUUUUGAAUCCACUUGCCACAAGCUCGAGGGUAGAAAUGAGGCUCGGAUCAUUCAAGAUAUUGCUCGGCUCAUUGUUCCCUCUGCAGAGAGCCUUGCCACAUUUGGAGCCGCGCACUUGGACAUUUUAACAGAGAGUGUUAACGAAGGAUGGAACAACUCGAUUUCACUAACUGGCACUCGCCCCCAACCUGACUAUUCCGUAGGCUUCAGGCGGGAUGCAUUCAGUGAAGAGCAGUUGACUAAGCUAUCACCCUUUAUUGGCGAUUUUAUCGGCGGAGAUCGUUCCUUCUUCAUGGCGACAUACUACAUGUACUUCCCUUUCCUGACAUGCGAGGUGAAGUGCGGUACUGCAGCGCUGGAUGUGGCGGACCGUCAAAACGCGCAUAGUAUGACCCUUGCUGUACGGGCUGUUACCGAGCUCUUCCGUGCAGUGAAGCGCGAGGCCGAGGUCCACCGGGAAAUUUUAGCCUUCUCUGUCUCCCACGACCAUAGGUCGGUGCGGAUCUACGGUCACUAUCCGGUAGUAGAUGGGAAGGAUACGAAGUACUAUCGCCACCCAAUCCGCACAUUCGACUUCACAGAAUUGGACGGCAAAGAGAAGUGGACGGCUUAUCGCUUCACGAAAAGCGUGUACGACUCUUGGAUGCAGUCUCAUUUUGCGAGAAUAUCUUCAGCUAUCGACCAGCUGCCAGCUGACCUGGACUUCGAUAACCCGUCGCUUCCAUCAACAGGGCUUCCAUCAACAGGGCUUCCAUCAACAGGGCUAUCCCAAGGCUUGUCAAGCCAUCAUCCUUCGCAGUCGGAUAUGGAAUCCACUUCAGAUCACCUUGAGCAAGACAGCCAGUCAAGCAAGGCUAAGCCAGGGCUUACACCAAGCACGUCAUUUACAGAUUCGGGAAAGGCUAAGAAGAGGAAGGGUAAAAAGUAA